UGGCUCACGGGCCCAGCCGCUCCACGGCAGGUGGGAUCCUCCCGGACCGGGGCACGAACCCGCGUCCCCUGCAUCAGCAGGUGGACCCUCAACCACUGCGCCACAAGGGAAGCCCUACCAUGUGUUUUAAGUGGGAAAUAUGAGUCGGAGAAUAAAGUCAACAUACAGACCUAAAGAAAGACGUGAUGAUCAAGGCUAUCCCAGGGCAGUUGGGCCUGUAUAUUUCCAGCAGCCUGGUGAUAAGCAACCUCAACAAGAGAAGCCACUAACUAAAAGUCAGGACAUUAUACUUGGUCAAGAGAAAAAGGAUGAAGGAGCAUCUUCACUUCAAGUGGGAUAUAUGUGUCGGAGAAUAAGGUCAACAUACAGACCUAAAGAAAGAGGUGAUGAUCAAGGCUAUCCCAGGGCAGUUGGGCCUGUGUUUUUCCAGCAGCCUGGUGAUAAGCAACCUCAACAAGAGAAGCCACUAACUAAAAGUCAGGACAUUAUACUUGGUCAAGAGGAAAAGGAUGAAGGAGCAUCUUCAGUUCAAGUGGGAAAUAUGAGUCGGAGAAUAAAGUCAACAUACAGACCUAAAGAAAGACGUGAUGAUCAAAGAUAUCCCAGGGCAGUUUGGCCUGUGUUUUUCCAGCAGCCUGGUGAUAAGCAACCUCAACAAGAGAAGCCACUAACUAAAAGUCAGGACAUUAUACUUGGUCAAGAGGAAAAGGAUGAAGGAGCAUCUUCAGUUCAAGGUCCUGCCUUGGAAGCUAAUCAGCAGGAACUGGCUCAGCCAAAGACUGGGUGUGGAUGUGGAGAUGGUUCUGAUGUCAAGAGGAAGAGACUGCCAAAUCCAGAGCCCAUUAAAGAGCCAGAAGCAGGUGAAGGGCAACCACAGGUUUAAAUGAAGACAAACUGUAACCAUGCAGGCUGUUCUUGUGUUGGAAAUGUGACUGUAAAAUUCUCUCAGUAAAGUU